GUUGGGACUGUUGAUCUGCGUGAUGACUUUUGGGCAGAAGCUGGGGAUCUGCUGUCACCAUGACGAGUAAAUGGCUUAACAGAAGAAUAAAAGAGGUGAACAAAAGAGAAAAGCUUUGGAGGACACAGAAAGAAGGAGGCUGUCUCUAAAAGAACACGAUGAGAGAGGAGGAGCCAAGAUGGCGGCAUGAGUAGGGCAGUGGCAAUCUCCUCCCAAAACCAUAUAUAUUUUGGAAAAUACAACAAAUACAACUAUCCCUAAAAGAGAGACCGGAAGAUACAGUACAACAGCCAGGCGACAUCUACACCUGCAAGAACCCAGCACCUCACGAAGCAGUGUUGGAAAAUUGCAGUCUUUUCAGAGGCCUGGCCCUCUGCUGAUCUUCCUUGUGGAAACAUCUCUUAGGCCAUUUUGGAUAGGGAGGUUGAUGUACUCCCCAGUUCCCUGAAUGCCACAAAGACUCUACCCCAAACUGCUGGGCCCAUCUCUCGGCCUCCUCUGUAAGGUUUGUUUCCUCCAUUGGACUGAGAGCAUUUCAGGGCAGGAACCUGCUGUCACUUAUUCAUCUUCACACCCCAACACCCCAGCACCUAGCAAAGUGCUCAUUGCAGGAGCAGCUUGCAUGCGCUCGGGAUGGCUUCUGGAAAACUAAUCAAACUUCUGGUUUUUGAGCUUCUUGAAUUUGCUGCUUUCUCCAUUCCCACACUUGUGAUUGUGGAGCAGUUUGCCACUGCCUAUCAAAGUACAAGGAAUAAAGACGAGAAAAUGCACUAUUGGUUAAUUGUUUCCUGUUCAAUUGCUUACGUGGCUUCAGUGACUCUAUUGAUUUGGGUUCCCAUGAAAGUUCUGUUAAAUAAGAAGCGUCAUCUUUACAAAAAAAUUAAAGGAUGGAGACCUGUUCUUAUGAUGUGUGUGGUACUUACCACACUUCCCAGCUUCAGCUUUUCAAUAGCAGUGACUGAGAUUCAAAAGAAUAUGAAUGCUUCUCUUGCUAUCUUACCUGAUACCUUACCUGACCUGCCAGUUUCCCUGGCUGUGACUUCCUUGAUCAUGGUUGAUAUUAUUGAAAAACUCAGGAUAUAUCCUCUUAGAGGGAAGCAAAAGAGUAAUGAAGACAAGCACAUGCAUGCAACCACUUUGCAACAAGUAAAAACUGUGAUGGACCAAGUGAGGCAAAAGGAAGAAAACCCUGAGCUUCCCCAGCCAGCCAGGAUGACCCAGGCAUCGCUGCCACCAAGAGCCACCACACAGAGCUGGGCUCCUGCUCUGGCGGGACCUCAGGAGCCCUCCUUUCACUCAGCAGUGCUGAGUACAAUGUCGCAGCAGGACCAUCGUGCUGAGAUCUUCCUGUGGAGCUUUCUGCUGUGGUCCGACACCAUAGAAAUGGUGCGUGUGGCUGGCCACCCGGCGGUGUAUAAGUCGGGCUGGGUAUACCCAGUCUACAUGUUCAGUUUUAUUUCUUUCCUUCGAAUUAUAUUCACUCCCCAGAACCCUCUCCUCAAUUCCCUGGGCAUCCUGCUCCAGGAUUUACCCUUUAUAUUUGUUAGACUUAGUUUAAUCAUUUCCUUGGGAACUAUCACACCCACACUGGGCCUUUGUAAAAAUGUACUAGUGACUCUCUCUUACGUUUACUUCAAUUACUUAACCAAAUUCAGAGUUUUCUCUACCUUUGAAAUGUCUUCAUUUUAAAAAGAAAAUGUAAUAUAUUCAAAUCUCUUUAUUAUGCAUGUAAUCUUUUUUUCAGGGGCAUAAGUUUUUGUACUGCAUAAAACAAUGAAGAAUAGCUUGUACAGCAUGAACUAUUUUUAAUAAUAACAAAGUUAAUACUUUAAUAGUUUAACUGAAGCAUGUAAGUUUAUUUUUAAUGUAUGUAAGUGAUGCUAAAUAUAAGCAAAAUUAUAUUCUUAUAAGUUGGUGUAAGUCCGGGGAAAGGAAAUCCUGGGGCAAAAUACCCCUAAAAACCAAAAUCAGUCAAAGGGAGAAAUAAAGUUUAAAACCCUUUUAUUGCUCACAAACUGCAGUCCCAG